AUGGCGCCUGUGAGAGCCGCCGGCACCGUUGUCAUCGCGCUCUCCAUAGGUGCCAUACUCUCUUACUUCCUCCGUAGCCGCUCAAAAUCUUCUUCUACAAAGACUUCGAAUCGUCAAAAUUCUAGAAAUGGACUGGUUGCCGCCAUUGGCAAUACCCCUCUUAUUAGAAUCAAUAGCCUCUCCGAUGCCACUGGCUGUGAAAUUCUUGGGAAGGCAGAGUUUUUAAACCCAGGAGGAAGUGUAAAAGAUAGGGUGGCAGUGAAAAUAAUUGAAGAGGCCUUGGAAUCGGAAUCUCUAGCUCCAGGCGGUGUUGUUACCGAGGGAAGUGCUGGAAGCACAGCUAUCAGUCUUGCAACAGUUGCACCGGCUUAUGGAUGCAAAUGUCAUGUUGUUAUUCCAGAUGAUGUUGCUAUUGAGAAGUCCCAAAUACUGGAAGCUCUUGGUGCUACGGUUGAAAGAGUUAGACCGGUUUCAAUCACACAUAGAGACCACUAUGUCAAUGUUGCACGGAGAAGAGCACUGGAAGCAAAUGAAAUAGCAUCAAAGCACCAAAAUAAUACCAAAGAUGGCAGUCAAAUUAAUGGCUACACAUCGGACAAGGAAACUCAAAGUAUCUUGUAUGAAUGCAAGGGUGGUUUUUUUGCAGAUCAAUUUGAGAACCUCGCAAAUUUUAGGGCUCACUAUGAAGGUACCGGACCUGAGAUCUGGGAACAGGUCAGAGGCAACUUAGAUGCAUUUGUAGCAGCUGCUGGCACGGGUGGUACAGUGUCUGGCAUUUCUAAGUUUCUGAAGGAAAAGAACUCAAGUAUCAAAUGCUUUCUCAUUGACCCUCCUGGUUCUGGUUUGUUCAACAAGGUAACCAGAGGAGUCAUGUACACGAGAGAAGAGGCUGAAGGACAGAGGUUGAAGAACCCAUUUGAUACUAUAACAGAAGGAAUUGGGAUCAACAGAUUGACUGAAAAUUUUAAGUUGGCAGAACUUGAUGGGGCUUUCCGAGGCACAGAUAUAGAAGCUGUUGAAAUGUCUAGGUAUUUAUUGAAGAAUGAUGGCCUUUUUCUCGGGAGUUCUUCGGCCAUGAACUGUGUUGGAGCUGUCCGAGUGGCACAAGCGCUGGGCCCUGGUCACACUAUAGUUACAAUUCUAUGCGACAAUGGGAUGAGGCACCUUACUAAGUUUUACAAUGCUCAGUAUUUGUCUCGAUAUGGCUUGACACCUUCAGCUACCGGAUUAGAGUUUCUUGGUCUCCACUGA